AUGUCUCUUCCAAGUCGCGAUUCCCCAACCAUCAAAGCUCUAAUCGAAAAGCAGAAAGAAAAAGAACGCAAUACCAUUCAAGUGAGAGUAGGCAAACAUAAAAACUUAUAUACACUCGAAAAGAAUAUUCUGUACCGACACGCCCCAUUCCUUAAAGAGGCUUGCGAACACUAUUCGCAAGGACUUGAUCACAGCGCUAUCAACUUUCCACAAACAAAUGAUGUGGUGUUCAAGUUGUUCAAGGCCUGGCUUUAUAAGCUGGAUUUGGGCGAUGCUGAUGAGGAGAUUGCGCAAUGGAGAGCUAGGAAGGUGAAAACUGGCUCGAAAGAGCAAAAAGUUGAUGAAGGACCGCUUAUAGAUCUGGACACCUCAAAGGGAAGGGGAAACGCGAUGAAGAUUGGCGAUUCCCAAAGAGAUAAGAAUCUAGAGACGACAAGCAGUGAUCUGAACACCAGCAGCAACGUGGCGCUAACAAACUUUUGUUAUCCACACAUGGCCAAUCUUCUCGAUUUGUACCUAUUUGCCGACAUGGCCAAGCUGCCACUUCUCAAGAACCAGUGCAUCGCUAAGUAUUAUAAAUAUACCAAAGCCACGGGGUACAUCAUGACGCCAUGGCUUUCCUACAUGUGGAAAUACACAACCAAGGGUAUGCUAAUACGCAAAUUCCUUCUCGAUUUACUGACGUGGGAAAUGCCGCCUUUGUUAUUCGAAACAAAUUCGAAGGAUUUUCCGGAAGAGUUGAGAUUGGAGCUGCUGGUGAAUAUGGGAUAUGUGAUUCAGGUGGCGAGGUAUGGUACGUCGGCUAUAGAGAAUAGCAACCCGUUGAAUGAUCUUAAUAACUACUAUGAGAAGGUUGAAAAAUUGGAUGCUUGA